AUACACCCUAGAUGCACGAAUUGAUGCACGAACAUGACGAUGGAACUCUGCAAUUUUCCAAUCACAGUAACAUCAUUCUGACUGAAUUGCUUUAAUGGCUGAAAGUGGUGUGCCCUCUAAUGAGCAUGAGGUGUUUAGAAUUGAGGCAGACGAGUCUAGAUCUCCAACAACUUCUUCAAUAGAAGAUGAAGACAUCAAUCAGUUACCAAAACCUUUUUUAUCAAGGAAAGCUGCACGUAGCUGUUCUGGCCACAAAUUAGUUAUUCCUGAAUGGGUCUCUGAUUGGAAACUAUCCUCAGUUGAAAAAUAUUUGCAUAUUCAUUAUGCAAAUGACUAUUUAGAUACUCCAAAAGAUGUUAUACAAAAAAUUUCUUCAGCACAGGAGCUUACAGAACAGCAAAAUCAAUACAUAAAAGAGCUACAAAAAUUUAUUGAAUUUGAUUCAAAUUAUGAAGAAUUCUGGCUUAAGACUUCAGUUGUAGAAGAAAAAAUUGCUACUCUGAGAAGCAAACUUAAACCAACUAACAUGUUAUCCCAGCCUAUAUAUAUUUCAAAAGGAGAGAUCUUCAUAAAUACAUUUGACUCAUUUUUUGGAGAAUUUUUGGAGGCAAAAAAAACAAGAUUCCAGCUUUUUGAAGGAAUGUUUACAUCAUUAAUUAUCAGUCUUGGACAAGCAUGUUGCUUAACACCUUCAUUGUGCUCCCAUAAGCAGUCUCAGACUCGCUGGAAUAAUUUAAGAGGUGUAACAGUUAAAUCAAAACCUGAUGGUCGUUUUUUCAACAGUCCAACUUUUGGACCCAGUGCAACAUUGAAACCUAAAGCUUUAGUCUCUGUUAUUGAGGUUAAAAAUGCAAAAAAAUUUGGAUAUUCUGGAUUAAAAUAUUCAGAAAGGAAGCCGGCAGGAAGGAAAAGAUGUAUAAGUAGCAAUGAAGAAGUUUCUACUGAUGAGUCCGUGAACUCUGCUAGUACCUCUGGAAUAUCUAGCUCAAGCUCUUCAACACAUCUAUCUGAUAUGUCAGAAAAGAAAAUACCUGAAAUUGUUAGUUAUAUCAGUAGAAAAACACUUGCACAACAUGCAGGAGAACUUUUGUUGGACCUUCAUAAAUUCCGAAGUGGUGAAAAUUUAGCAAGUUUCACAUUACCUGGCAUGAUAGUAGAUGGAACAAAGGUUUAUUUUACCUUAUUGGAAAUGUCAGAAAGCCAUCACAAUAAACUUGAUAAAAAUCUUGAAUUGACUGAAGGUGACAGAGCUAUAGUGCAUUACGCUAAACCACUGGAUAUUUUAGGACAGGAAGAUCGUGACCUUAUAAUAGAGAUUCUUGUCCGGUUGCAUAAUAUUUGAAAAAGGAUGGAGACAUGUAUUGUAUUUUGAUGUUCCACUGUGAAAUAAGUUUUGCUGAUAUCUCUUGCAAUUUAGAGCUUUACAGCUAAUUUCCUAAUGCAUGUAAAGCAAAACUUUGGUUGGCUUGCUUGCUUUGUUUGUAUAAUCAUGAUAAUUGUUUAUACAAACUUUGUAAAUAAGAUUGACAUCUUUGAACAAUAUAUAUAGGCAUAGUUUAACCUGUAUAUAUGAUAUUUGAAUUUAAUUGGGUGUUAUCCUAAUGAUUGUACAAUAUAAUAACAAAGCAAUCAAGCUAUCUAAAGUCUUGCUCUACAUGCUUCAGGAAAUUAGCUGUAACACAUUGUAUACAUAUUUGUCUAUUGUUGAGACAUUAUGUUGACCUCUAGAUGUCUUUAAUGGUUUUAUUAUGUGUUUGGCGUACUGAUCUGUUGUCUCCCUACAUACUGUUAAAUUCUGACGUAAAAAUUGGACUCAGUGUGACAGUCUAGUACAUUGCAGGGUUCAUAUUCGUAUCACAUUAAAAUGUUCUCGUCCAUGACUGGGUUGCACAAACAUUAAUUAAAGUCAAAUGUUGUUUAAUUUUAAAUGUUACCUAAUUCAUUUACAAUUUUAACAAGAUUUAAUAAACACUUAACAUUUAAA